AUCGUGCGGAACAAUGGUGGAACGGAAUCUGGUGAAUGUGCUGCUGCUGGGCGGCGGCUUCAUGUUAAUCUUUACCUCUUUUCAAACGCUUGGAAACAUUGAGCAAACCAUCAUCGACAGCAUCAAGACAGACCUACCCUCGUUCACUGGUGACGGAUACACGAGCCUGGCCAUUAUCUAUGCUGCCCUCUCUUUAUCAAACUGGGUCACGCCGUCGGUCCUGUCCGCUAUUGGACCGCGGAUGGCGAUGGCCAUCGGUGCUAUCACCUACUGUCUGUUCAUGGCUAGUUUCUUUGUGCCGCAUGUCGUUCUGCUGUACGGAUGUAGCAUCGUACUGGGUGCCGGUGCCGCGCUCAUUUGGACUGGCCAGGGCAUGUAUCUUUCCCAGUGCAGCACCGAAGAAACAAUUUCUCGCAAUUCCGGCAUCUUUUGGGCGAUGUUGCAGAUGAGCAUGUUCUUCGGCAAUCUGCUGGUGUUCUUCACAUUUCAGGGCAAAACGCACAUAGACGAGAUGACGCGCAGUAUUGUCUUUGCUGUCCUGAUCGCAGUAGCGAUCGUUGGUUUGGUGAUGUUAACCUGUCUGCGCCGACCGUUUACCGAUGAUAGCGAUGCACCGGUGGAACUAAGCACGGAAGUCCGUCCGCGAGAGGCAUUCCUGAAUGCAAUUCGUCUAUUCCGAACACCACGCAUGAUACUGCUGAGCAUUACGUUCGUGUACACUGGACUAUCGCUAUCCUUCUUCAGUGGCGUGUACGGUUCGAGCAUCGGUUUUACGAACGCAUUAGGCACCUCCGCCAAACAGUACGUUGGCCUGAACGGUGUGUUUAUCGGCGUCGGUGAGGUUCUCGGUGGCGUGGCGUUCGGGCUGCUCGGCACGCGUACCACUACGCGUUGGGGCCGUGAUCCGAUCGUGAUUGGUGGUGGCGUACUGCACCUGGCAGCCUACUUCCUAAUCUACCUGAACCUGCCUAACAGCGCACCAUUUGGCAAUACGGAUGCACUGUCCUAUAUCCAGCCACCGAGUACCAUCGUCGCGAUGUGUUGCUCGUUCCUACUCGGUCUCGGUGACGCUUGCUUCAACACCCAGUGCUACUCGAUGCUGGGUGGUGUGUUCAAGAGCCAACCGGCCGAAGCGUUCUCUAUUUUCAAGUUUACACAGUCAGUAGCCGCAGCGGCCAGCUUUGUGUACUCCUCUUACUGCGGGCUACACGUUCAGCUUGUGAUACUGGUAGUGCUAGGCAUCAUCGGUACGAUCUCCUUCUGUGUAGUAGAGUUCGCUGUAAAGCGCGAGCGCCCAACAUUGGAACGAGAUUACGAAAAGUAAAGUUAGAGUGUG